CACUUCCCAUCAGCUGAUCAUCUUCAGUCGCUUUGGAAAUUUGGCCAUGCCAAGCCCCCGACCUCCUCACCCAUUAAAAACGAGCUCCCGUUUGAGACUUUUUUUAGUCUUUUAAGAGCGUUAAGAGAAAAUGAUGCUCCGGAAGGGUAUUACCGAGAGCUUCGGAGCCGCCAUCCACGCCCUGGGCGCCGGCCAACUGACAGAUGGCGUGUUAAGACGGAGCAAGCGGAUGAUGCUGGACAACCUGGGCGUCGGACUGUUGGGAUCCAGGACGGAGGUGUUCGACAAGGCUCUCAAGUACAGCCAGUUGUUCCGGUCCGAGGAAGAGAAGAGCAGCGUCUGGGGCAAACCGGACGUCACCCUGCCGCCGCACUUUGCUGCUUUCGUCAACGGCGUUGCGGUUCACGCCAUGGACUUUGACGACACGUGGUACCCGGCGACUCACCCCUCGGGGGCCGUGCUGCCCGCGCUGAUGGCCUUGGCGGAGGUCACGCCCAGACGGCCCUCUGGCCUGGACCUGCUGGUGGCCUUCAACGUGGGCAUUGAAGUGCAGGGCAGGCUCAUGAGGUUCUCCAGGGAGGCCUUCGACAUCCCGAAUAGAUUCCACCCUCCCAGCGUGGUCGGCGUCAUGGGCAGCGCGGCGGCCUCGGCCAAGCUUCUGGGUUUGUCGCCGCAACAGUGCGCUCACGCUCUGGCCAUCGCCGCCUGCUCUGCGGGUGCACCGCUCGCCAACGCCGCCACCGAAACCAAACCUCUGCACAUGGGCUACGCCGCCCAGAGGGGCCUGGAGGCGGCCCGGCUCGCCCAGUUGGGCCUGGAGGGCAAUCCCGCCAUCCUGGAGGUGGCGCACGGAUUCGGGGUUUACUACCAGGACUACAGCCCCUCAGCUUUUGCGCCCUUCGGUGUCUCAGGCUGGGUCCUGGACGAGCAGGAUGUGGCCUUCAAGCGCGUGCCCGCUCAUUUGGGCAUGCACUGGGUGGUCGACGCAGCCAUGGCGGCCCGUGCUAAGCUGGAGGGCGCCACGGGUCAACACUUUGACGUGAACAGAAUUAAGCGAGUCACGCUCCGAGUCCCGCCUUCCAAGUACAUCAACUGCCCCUUUCCCGCCACGGAGCACCAGGCCAGGCAUUCCUUCCAGUUCAACGCCUGCUCCGCCCUCCUGGACGCCGGCGCCUCGGUCCGCUCCUACGGCGCGGCUCAGAUGGAGCGGCCGCUUCUGAAGGCGCUGCUGGCCAAAGUAGAAGUGGAGGUUCCGGGGGACAACCCAGCCAGCUUCGACAAGAUGUACGGCGAGGUCGCCGUGGAGACCCAUCAGGGGGAGACGGCGUCUGCCAGGUGCGAUACCUUUUACGGCCACUGGAGGAAGCCACUGAGUCAGCAGGACCUGGCCAAGAAGUUCGUGGCCAACGCUUCCACGGUGCUGAGCGCCGAGGGAGCAGAAGGAGUGAUGGACAGCAUCAGAAACAUGGAAAGAGAGAGACAUUGCACAAGCUUACACGCCCACAUGCACAUGAGCACACAUAAACAGCAGCAACAAUGGCGCUCAAAGGCUGUCCUUUAAAUCAAGCAAAAUAAUACAAAUAUUUGUAGUUUUAUCUUUCUUUCAAUCUUUUUUGGAUCCUUCGGAUCAUAUUUGUUUUUUAGCAAUAUAAUUUAAGUUUUGUAACAUAUUCAUCGAUGGCUUUACAUGUGAUUGUUUUGUACUGUUUAGUAUGUUGUGUUGUCAGAUAAAAUGUCAAGAAAAAACAGCACAUUAUUACUGUCCAAAAGAAAAGCAUUUUUGCACAUUUUUCUACAAAAAAAAAAAGAAAAAAAAUGUGUAUCUGAGAAACAGUAUUUUAUUUUUAUUUCUUUAAUCCCCA